UUUAAUCAUUUUCUCGUAAUUUCCGCUUUCUCUCCAAAAACAUUCUUCAUUUUCAUUAAAACCUUCACAAAAAACUCGUGACAAUUUGCAAAAAAUGGCAACAUCCGCUUUCAAAUCCACUUCACGUAGAGGAACAACCACAAACUCCACAUCAUCCAAAGCUCCUUCUCUUAUACGAAAGCGUUCCUUAAGUGUAAGCGCUAUUUCCAGAAUCGAUAUUGAUUCAGAAUUCUCUAAUAAAUGCGAUAAUCCUCUUUUCUGUACGGAGAAUAAUGAGGUAAAAGAAAAGGAGAAUAAUUUAGGUGUUAAUAGGAGAAGUGAAGAGAGGGGAAGGACAGUUACGAGAGGCUGCUCAGGUGUUAAAAAUGGGAUUGGAAGGAGUGUUUCUAGGGUUCGAGGUCGGUCUGUUUCGAGAGGACAUUAUGGAUCUGCUUAUGAGAGUGAAAAGGAGCUACAGUCAAACACUGUCCAGAGAGUUUCAUCGAAAAAGGUAGCUAACAGUUCCAAAAAUUCCAAUUUAGUUAGAGAUGACACUGAUAGAAGCAGCCAGACCAAGAGCUUAGCAGGAGCAACGAGGCAUAGUCAAGUCACUGAAUAUUCUGAAGAUGAUUCUGCUAGUAGUCUGCAUAUUUCAAAUUGGGAAGAUGGAGUUUCAGCAUGUUCUUUGUCAGAAGCCGAAGAGAAGACCAUAAAAGCUGUUUGUGAGCAAAUGAAGGUGAGUUCUUUUCGAAGCGACCAGUGGGGUGCUGAUACUGCUACUAGCGGAAUAUAUGAGACUGUUCGUUUCGAAGUGAGGCGUGCUAUUUCUGAUAUUCAGACUGACCUUGAAGAUGCUAUCCGAAGGAACAAUGUUAAUGCUCUUACAACUGCUAAUGUUGCUGAUAUCCCACCUAACUUGGUCAACCCUGAGGCUGUUGAAUUAGUUUCAGACAUUAGAAGGGAAUAUGCCAGAAAACUUGAUGAGUCUGAAGAGCGGGCUAGAAAACUUCGAUCAGAUCUGGCUGUUGAAGAGCAUCGAGGCCAGGAGAUAAGUAGGAUUCUGAAGGAGAUACUGUCUGAUCCAAAGCCCCAACCUCCUCAGAGAUCUCGUGCAGGAAGAAAAAGAAGUAAUGAGAGGAAAAAAAUGUCAAAACGUCUUACUGAAGAAGCACUGACAUACUUCGAUGAAUGUGUAUCCAUAUCAACUUUUGAUAGCUCUGAUUUCUCAGCACCAGAAUACCCAUCUCACAGCUCUGUUGGAGCUACUACAACAACUGGUGUAACCGCUCCUGUCCUACUAGGGAGUCCAAGCGCUAUUUCUACGUCUUUCCCGAUAAUGGCCAGCCACAUUCAGCGCGUCGAUAGUCAUGAAGAUUCAAGUUUAACAGCUAACAGCUACAAUGAUGAACAUCUACCAUAUCAAGUCAAGCAAAUAGGCAGUGUUCCAGUGAGGGGAGAACAAAUCCAGUUCUCUUUUGGUCAGAAAUCACCAGAAAGCAAUCAGACUCGGGAGGACUUGAGGAGUUACCUUAAGCAUUUUGAGAAAGAUAAAAAUAAAGAUGUGUUCAACUCGGACACUACCGGAGCCUUUUAUGAUGCAAAGGGAUAUAAAUUGCAAGGUCAUACCGAAAGCUUACUUUUUGGCAGGGUAGUCUCAAGAAACAGGAUAGAUUCUGGAGGUCUGCACCUGUGCCAUGGAGGUUUUCCAAUUACGUGUUUCCCAUUUGGUUUUACAUGAGGAGGAAUCCUGUGGCCUUUUUUUCCCCAUUCUUUGAGGGUCGUGCUUUUGUUGUUACUUCUUUUGUCAAAAAUGUAUUUAGCUUUUUGAAGAGUUAAAAGUUAGUGUAGAAUAUUCAGAGAAAGAAAGAAGAAACGUUAGGCAAAAUGAUUGGCAGGUCGAAGAUCGCGAAUUGUACAUUUUUUUUUAACACCCUGCAGCUUCUGGUUGUAAAUAGGUUCAUUUGGAGCUUAUAUUUCAACGUCUUAAUUUCUUUUA